AUGUCACCCCCACCAAUCAGAAGAUCGUUAUCUCCUAAUGCGAUAAGGACCAUCGACUCUUUGAAUUCAAAACAUAGAAGAAGUUUCAGCUCCUAUAAUGGUAAUGGAAACGGUUACGAUAGCCUGUCCUUAGCAACGUCCAACGGUGACGUACCUAUGUCUUCACCACUACCAAGCGUUGAACUUAAGGACAUUUCAUUUGCAAGUCCAAAGAGAAAUAGCGAUUUCCAUAACACCUUCAGGAAAAUCCCCAAGAGUGAAAAACUUAUCGAAGAUUAUAGCUGUGCUUUGCAGAAGGACAUUUUGGUGCAAGGUAGAGUGUUUAUCAGUGAACGUCAUAUCUGUUUCAAGUCAAAUAUCUUGGGGUGGGUUACAAAUAUCAUCAUUCCAAUCCAUGAAAUUGUCCAAUUAGAGAAGAAAACCACAGCAGGUCUUUUCCCUAAUGGUAUUGUCAUCCAAACUUUACAUCAGAAGUAUGUAUUUGCAAGUUUCUUGACAAGAGAUACUACGUUUGAGCUGAUUACAAAUAUUUGG